GAGUGUCGGGCGCCUUAUCGGAUGAAGAGCGUCACAUUUUGGCUCGAACCGGCAGCAUUUAAACAAUAAAACGGUUUAGGUGCGCGGGAAUACUUUUUUGGAUACUGAAAAACGAAAAUGAAGAGAACGUCCAGGAAAGGGGGAAAGGACUUGUCGAACAGGUCGUUUUAUGGAUAUCUUUGCUGUGAAUGACAUCCUACUGUGCUGUACGGGGAAUUCGUCAUCUACAAAGCUUUGAUGGCUUAAUCCUAUUGUUGGCUGUGCAGUGAAGCGUGGACGUAUUUAUUAAUUACCUUUUUUCGUGUCUUUUCCACAUCAAUGUAACUGGAAAGGUGACCAGUAAAUGGAAACUAUUGCAUUUGUGGAGUCCCUGCAAAGUCAAGAGAUAUUCAGUACUGAAAUAGCUGGUGCACCUUUAGUCAGAGCAGAUCGCCUCAUUAUGAAACAUAAUACCUCUUAAACCCUUUGGAGUUACUCGUGCCAUAAUCUGGAGAAUGGAAUGAUCGUAUAGAAUCCUGCAAGUAGAACCAGUGAUCCGUCCAAAGCGUCAGUCUGGACAUUUCUUGCGCUAGAACUCAGCUGGCAGGAUGCUGAGGACCACCAUGGGUUCCGUGGAGGAGAGGGAUGAUGAGCAGGAGGAUGAAGGGGAUGAGGAGUUGAGGGAUGGAGGGGUGCCUUUCUAUGUGAACCGAAGUGGCCUCCCAUUAGAUGAGGAGACGUGGGAGAGGAUGUGGCGCCAUGUGGCUCGGAUCCACCCGGACGGGGAUGCUGUGGGGAAGGGCAUUCGUGCUGCCACUGACCUGCCCAAGAUUCCAAUUCCGAGUGUGCCUACAUACCAGCCUACCACCCCGGUCCCACAGCGCCUGGAAGCCAUACAGAAAUACAUCAGGGAAUUGCAGUACAAUCACACCGGGACACAGUUUUUUGAAAUAAAGAAGAGCCGACCUCUUACGGCGCUGAUGGACAUCGCCAAGGAGAUGACACGUGAAGCCCUGCCAAUCAAAUGCCUGGAGGCAGUGAUCCUGGGGAUUUACCUCACCAACAGCAUGCCAGGCGUGGAGCGCUUCCCUCUCAGCUUUAAGUCUCAGUUCUCAGGGAACUACUUCCACCACAUUGUGCUAGGAGUCCACAGCGGGGGGCGUUUCGGCGCACUGGGCAUGAGUCGGAGGGAGGACCUCAUGUUCAAGCCCCUGGAGCAUCGGACGCUUAUGGACCUGGUACAGGACUUCGAAGGAGCCUACAGGGGCUACUGGCACACCCUUCAAAAGGUGAAGAUCGGCCAGUAUGUGUCGCAUGACCCUCACAGUGUGGAGCAGAUAGAGUGGAAGCACUCUGUUCUGGAUGUGGACAGAUUGAGCAAGGAGGAGCUGCGGAAAGAGCUGGAGAGACACACUAGAGACAUGAGGCUCAAGAUAGGAAAACCAACACCCCCUUCUCCCACCAAAGACAGGAGAAAUAGCAUGGGCUCACCCCUCAGAGGACCAGGAAGCCCCAUUCGCAGGAUCAGCCGUGUUGAGAGACGUCCCUCUGGAGAGAAGGCGGCAUUGGAACAGAAAGCGUCCGGAGACAUGAACGUGUAUCAGAUUAGAGUGUGAAUAAUCUUUUUUUGCAGACGUGUCUUGAGGUUUCAUUCAUUGCCUUGUCUUGUAUACAAGAUAAAUAAGGAACCAGCGACCGCUACAUACACACACACACACACACACACACACACACACACACUCACAGUCACUGUCAUCAGGGUUUGUUUUUUUUUGUUUUUUCACAAACAUUGGUGCUGGAGAUGUUCUCAACUAUGAAGUAUUGUGUAUAACAUGUCAUCAUUUUUACUAACUAUAGCUAUACUGUACUGUAGGUUGCAUUAGGAAAAUACUGUAUUGGCAAUUGAUGUUACAUAUCAUAUCAGUCUGUGUCAUUUUAGUGUUAGUAUGUGUUGUUUCCCCAUCCAAUCAGAUACUGUAUUUUGGGCGAUGACCUAAAACUACCCCUGUGCCUUGGAUUUAGAAUGAAUAAUAAAAAUUAUCAAAAAAAAAAAAAAAUCAUCACAAUCCUCACCCAGCUGAACACAGAAUAGUCAUUUUAACUUGUGUAUGAAAGUGUUUCAGACAUCAAUUUAUCAGGCUAUUGACCUUAGUGGUGCAUUAUCAUGAUGUAAUUUACUAUAAAUAGAGAGGGAUGUCAAUUGAGUUAUGCAAAUAAAAAAGCAGCAUUUAGCACACUGUGGAUACAAACUGAUAAAUUGUACGUUCCUUUAAUGUAUAUAAAUUGCAACUUGAAUAACUUUAAUUUGUAGCAACUUAAUUCAGUUGUCACCUGCCUUAAAAAGAGUCCUCCACAUGCACAAUUCUGCUGUUUUAUACUUCACUGUUUUUUUCCAUCAGUAAACCACUGCAUUUUUAUAACUCACGGUUAUCAAUAAAUUGCCACAAACUCCAUGUUUGCAACUUCUGUGUCUCCACGUCAUUGCUUUGUGUGAGCGACAGGAAGAAAAGCUGCGACUUGCUUGGGGAUAAGUCGUGUAGAAGUAUGUCUGAAUAUGUAGGCUGCAAGCGCCUUAUUUUGAGGGAAAUAUUCAGGUCAAUACAGUAAAAGCUGGCUGGAUGCCUGCUUCUUUGGAAACCAGUCAACAAAUAGGCCUUUACUCUCGACAAAGAGUACUAAUCACAUUGAGAUAAAUAAAUCUCUAACCCCCAUUCCUCUGGACUCCAGAUGUUAAACACUAACAGAGUUUACGAUCCAGACAAACAUACUGCACCCUAUUAGGAAGAAAAAUCUACUGACCUACUUUUCUUUCCCUUGCUAUGGAAGCACAAUAUAUAAUACAUGGUUUAACUCACAAGCCACUAAACAACCGAAGUGUCUGAUUGAUGGAAAAAACAAGUCAUGAGACUUUUUACUUCCUUCACAUAACCCAGAAUGUGCUUAAAGAGGCACAUAAUGCAUGAAUACUGAAUGAAACGAACCAUUCACGCAUGAAACAAGUUGACAGUGAGGAUGGGAUGGAGGAGCGAGCAGCAUUCAGGUCAGGCAGAAGGGCACAAGCUGGCUGACACAUUCAUAAAGGUAUUCUCUGGCAGGUUUUAGCCAACAUCGCUGUGCCUCACAGGCCUAUUUUUCUUAGAUUAAUAGUACUGACCCUAUUAUCACUGUUCACUGGUGUUUUCUAAUAAUCUUAAUGGUGUAUACGUGUACCCGUGUCCUCUGUUCACAUUCAGCCAAACGCUACAAAAGUGAUAGCAUGCAGACCAGAUGACUAACUGAUCCUCUACAUACCGCAAACAAGACUUUGCAGAGACAAAGAAAUGCAAUAUAUAACUUAAACGUCAAGUCUAUGUAAAAAAAAAAAAGAAGAAAAAAAAAAAACUUGACUAAAUAUAUUUUAAUGGAAACUUAUUAAAUAUUGAAGCAUGUCAAAAUAUGCCUAAUUUUGAACAUUGAAAUACAAAAAAUGAAAAAACUCAAAUGUGCAGUGAUUAAAUAUCAACCUUUCUGGCACAUUAGUUAUCAUUCUGCAUCAGUCAAGAUUAGGACUUUUUUUUUUCCCCCCCCUGGAUCCGUUAACUAAACCACAAGUAAAGCUGUGUGUAAUAACAGAAUAAAGCAGAGCAAGAUCGCACAAUUAACACAAAACCUUUGAAACAAGCUACUGUCAUUUGAAUUAAAUUUUACCCAAAGUCUUUUUUAUGACGGUGCGUUGAGGUCCAGGCGGAGUUUAGCCAGAAGACAGAGAUGAUCAGAUGGGAAUGUGUGGUUGGGAAGGCCUUCCAUGGACCAUAAAGCAUCCCCAGACAGCAG